UGCUUGCAGCCUUGUUUAUGUUGAAUUGACGCAGUGUAAACAUGAAUGUUGUUUAUGUCUACUUUGAAAAGGACAGUGGGAAAGCUAUUUAUUUAUAACGUACCGGAAUUCAGAAGAUGCGACAUUGUAGAGUGCUGUGAAAAAUGGAAGGGAAGAGGCCACAGUUGGUCGAUGUUGCUGUGCAGUGUGAAGAAAUAGAGUUUGAUAAGACAAGGUUCCUGUGGGAGGAUAGUAAUGACUUAGAUGAAGAAGAGACUCAUGAAGCUCUGCCACCCUUUCUUGUGGAGGUGAAGCUGGAGAAUGAGAGCACAGAUGAGGAAUUGGAACAAAACCAAUCGAACCACACCUGUCCUGAUUGUGGCAAGAGUUUCUCACGCUCUGAUAACUUAGCCAGGCACCGCCGAUCUCAUGAAGGCUACAACACUCGACCUUACACAUGCCCUAGAUGUGGGAAACGAUUUGUUCGCGCACAGCAUCUUGACCAGCACUUUCUCACACAUACUGGUGAACGUCCCCAUGUGUGUUCUCAAGCAGGUUGUGGGCGAAGAUUCUCCCGUAUUGAUCACUUGCGUAAACAUGAGAGAAUACACACUGGUGACCGCCCGUAUCUUUGUCCGCUGGCCCAGUGUGGGAAGGCAUUUGGCCAGAAUACGCAUCUCCAAAGGCACAUGCAGUCCCACAGCAGUGAGCGAUCUUUCUCCUGUCCUGUGUGUAACACACAUUUCACACAGCUGUACACCCUCCUGACACACCUUCAUGAAAAACAUUCUACUUAACAAUGAUGAUCACAUGUCGUUGUGAGAGCACAACACAAAAUGUGGAAAAAUGCAACAGUUACCAUCGACACUACAUCAUAUUUACUGAUGUGUUUAAUGAUGUCCAUGUAAUGACACAGGCACUGAUCACUGUAAGUUAAGGGUACUUAUCCCUUAAAUAGGCUGGAGAUACAGAGAGAAAAACCAACUGAUUAGCCAUUCACUUGUGUGUUACUAGAUUUUCAAGGUAAUUUAGGCACACUGUGAUAAUAUAUUAUCAGACAGUUUGGUACAAUCCUCUCUUCUCUAGCAAGCAUUGUGAUUUGCAAAGCUUUCCCCACAUUUCUUUGCAAAUCACAAAAUCAUAAAUGACAGAUGAAUGUCUCCUCUUUUGCUUAUAUUCCAGGCAUUUGAUUGCAGUAACAUACAAGUCUAAGUGCACAUAUAGCAUGCAAAAUACUAAAAUUUCCGUAGCCACAGGGGACCAUACAGAUAACCUGGUCUGUAAUGACUUAAAAGUUGCUGGAAAUUAUCUGGACAUAAAAAGUUUUGCUGAGGAAAAAGGUACAACAGUAACUGUAGUUCUACUAGUUCUGCAAACUAAUGGCAACAAUACAAUAAAUAAUUAUUUAUGGCCAUUGA